ACCAAUUUUUGGAACACUUUUCAUCACAGCAAUUUUAUGAUGUAUCAGCCUUUAAUGGCGUUGUCAUUCUAACCUGUAGCAGUUUAACCAUUUGAAGGGAAAAAAACGAUCAAUUUUGUAAUACUAUUUUUCUAAACAUGAGUCGUUUCUUUGCUACUGGAUCAGAUUCUGAAUCUGAUAGUGCUUCCGAGGAGGAGCAGGUUCAACGAGCACCAACUACAGCUUUCACGUUCAGUGAUGAAGAAGAAGAAACUAAGAGGGUUGUACGAUCAACUAAAGAGAAAAGAUACGAAGAGAUUGCAAAUCUCAUCAAGCUCAUAAGAAAUUAUAAAAAGAUCAAAGAUAUGAGCAGCAUGUUGUCCAGUUUCGAGGAUUUAAUGCGUGCUUAUCAAAAAGCUCUGCCUGUAAUAGCAAAGGAAGAAGGAGGUCAAACACCACGUUUUUACAUCAGAUGUUUAGUAGAAAUGGAAGAUUUCAUCAAUGAAGUAUGGGAAGAUCGCGAGGGUCGUAAAAAUAUGUCAAAAAACAAUUCAAAAUCAUUGACUUCAUUGCGUCAGAAACUUCGUAAAUAUAAUAAAGAUUUUGAAGAAGAUAUAGCAAAAUUCAGAGAAAAUCCAGAUCAAGAUGACGAUGAGGAGGAAGAAAAACCUGAGGAAGUUAUAGAAUCUGAGGAAGAGGAGGACAAUGCAGUUCCUUUCAAAAAGGCUGGGUCAGAAGCAAGUGAACCAGAUACUUCUAAAUUUAAGAAAAGCUUGGCUGAUGGAGAAGAAGGUAGUGAAAGUGAAUCUGACUGGGGUAGUUCUUCAGAUAGCGAGAGUACAAGUAGUGAGGAUGAAGGUCAAUAUCAAAAUAUACGUGAACGGUUUAUCAAAAAAGUGACAGAUAAAGAGGAAGAGGAAGACAAGACAAAACGAAAGGAACAGCGAAAGGAACGUAAAGAAAAGGAACGAAAAAAGAAGAAAGAUGAAGACGACGAAGAAGGUGAAUGGGAAACUGUCAAAGGCGGUGUAGCCAUUCCAUCCGAAAAGCCGAAAAUGUUUGCGAAGGAUGCAGAAAUUAAUGUGGCUGCUGUCUUGAAGAAACUUUCUGAGAUCAUCGCGGCUCGUGGUAAAAAACGUACCGAUCGAAGGGAACAAAUUGAACUUUUACACGAACUGCAAUCCAUAGCCGAUACUCAUAAUCUUGGACCAGCAGUAGCUGUAAAAAUUAAAUUUUCUAUCGUGUCCUCUAUUUUCGAUUACAACCCAAAAGUAUCAGAUGCAAUGAAACCUGAAUAUUGGUCAAAAAUACUAGAACGUAUCAUAGAAAUGCUCGAUAUGCUUUUGAACACAAAAGAUAUGGUUAUCGCUGAAGUGGUAUCUGAGGAUGCAGAAGAGUACGAAACUUCUCCUUAUAAAAUACAUGGAUGUGUGCUAACGUUAGUAGAACGUUUAGAUGAAGAAUUUACUAAGUUAUUAAAGGAAUGCGAUCCACACAGUAAUGAAUAUGUAGAAAGGUUGAAAGAUGAGAAACAAGUGUCCAUGAUAAUAGAUAAAGUUCAAGAAUAUUUAGAAAGGCAAGGCACAGUUUCUGAACUUUGCCGCGUAUACCUACGUAAAAUUGAACAUCUAUAUUAUAAAUUUGAUCCAAAUGUUCUUAAACAAAAAGAAGGAGAACUUGGUCUAGACGUUGCAACAUCUGUCCAAGUUAUGGAGAAGCUUUGUAAAUACGUUUAUGCUCAUGACGGGACAGACAGACUUAGAACUCGUGCGAUUCUUUCUCAUGUUUAUCAUCAUGCUCUUCACGAUAACUGGUUUCAAGCACGUGAUCUUAUUCUGAUGUCCCAUUUACAAGAAACCAUUCAGCAUUCCGAUCCAGCUACACAAAUUUUAUACAACAGAACUAUUGCUCAUCUGGGUUUAUGUGCAUUCCGUCACGCGAAUAUUAAAGACGCACACAAUUGUUUAGUUGAUUUAAUGGUGACUGGUAAAGUAAAGGAACUCUUGGCACAAGGUCUUCUUCCUCAAAGACAACAUGAACGCAGCAAAGAACAAGAAAAAAUCGAAAAACAAAGGCAAAUGCCAUUCCAUAUGCAUAUCAAUUUGGAACUCCUUGAGUGUGUUUAUUUAGUUUCUGCCAUGCUUAUUGAAAUUCCGUACAUGGCUGCACAUGAAUUUGAUGCGAGGAGAAGAAUGAUUUCCAAGACAUUUUAUCAACAGUUGAGAUCAAGUGAACGUCAGUCUUUGGUUGGACCUCCAGAAUCUAUGAGAGAACACGUUGUCGCAGCGGCAAAAGCGAUGCGCAAUGGAAAUUGGUUGGCUUGCAAUAAUUUUAUAAUUAACGAAAAAAUGAAUGCUAAAGUUUGGGACCUCUUUUACCAAGCGGACAAAGUUCGUGACAUGCUCACAAGAUUAAUUAAAGAAGAGGCUUUAAGAACGUACUUGUUCACGUAUUCUCACGUAUAUGAUUCGAUUUCUAUGCCAAAAUUGGCAGAGAUGUUUCAACUGAAGCGACCUGUUGUUCAUUCCAUCAUUAGUAAAAUGAUUAUCAACGAGGAACUUAUGGCAUCUUUGGAUGAUCCAACAGAAACGGUUGUAAUGCAUCGUAGCGAACCAAGUCGUUUACAAUCUCUAGCAUUGCAGCUUACCGAUAAAGUAAACAACUUUGUGGAUUCUAAUGAACGUAUUUUCGAAAUGAAACAAGGAAACUUCUUUUCAAGAGGAAAUCAAGGAAACUUCCGUGAUAGGCAAAAUUACAAUCGACAGGGACAAGAUUGGGGCCGUCAGAGACGGGACCGUGAUCGGGAUCGUAAUCGAGAAGAAAAUCGAAAUUAUUAAAAAUCAGGGAACAUUGAAUAUUGUUUAUGUGGGUGUUUAACAGUGGAUUAUCAUUGUACCGUGUAUACACACUCAUGUAAAUAAUGUUGAAAAUAACAGUAUAUAAAUAAUUAAUCACUA